AUGGCGUCCGGUUGCGCGACGUCGAAUUGUGUGAAGGCAGGAAAAACGGACGACGACGGCGGCUGCUGGAUUUGGCCGAGAGGGUCGCGAAUUCGACGAAUCCAGAGAGACGGCGACGAACCAGACGAAGAGCUACCUAUUGUCUGUGCUGCAAAAAAGGGUUGGAAAAAUGUGGUCAAGACCUUGUUGAUUCAUACGAAUGAAAUUCCUGGAGUUGAAUGGUCUGUAGAGGGCAUUAUUCAAUAUGUCAACAGUGAGCAGUUCAAAGAAACGAAUCGUGUAGAGAGAGAAAUCCGAGUGGAUGUUUUGAAGAAAAGAUUGCUUCGAGAGCUAGAAUUGAAGAAUUAUCUGGCCGCAGAUCUUAUCUGCAAGGCAUUGCAUGUGGACAUGGACACAGAGCACUGGGAUUGGUAUCAUAGCAUCUGUUCAAUUUUGCUCAUGUAUGGGUUGAGGUCUACGUUUCUGGAGUGUAAUGCUGAAACAAUCCAUUAUAUUGGUAUGGGGAUGUUUAAACAGAAUCAUGAUGAGAUCGCUUUACUAGCAGCCAAGGCCUGUAUGGCUUUAGAUCCAGACAAUGAAUCAUGCAAAGCUUUUCAUUUUCUAGUCAAGGAGAAGAUGAACAGGGCUGCAAGUGGCAGUAGGUGAAUGCUUCAAACGCAACUUCCAUAUCCCCGACUUGGCAUCUGUUAACUGGAGCAACCCGUCUGUGAUGUCUGUAACAUAACGUCUCACGGUUACUUCUGAGAAUUGGUACUUAGUCAUGACUGGAUAGUCUAGUGGUGAUGCUGGUGCUAUGAGGUAGGCAGGUAGCACGGUUGGUUUUUACCUUUUGGCCUAAGCUGCUAGAUUGUAAGCUGCCUGAGAUGAGCGGCAGUUUGCCUGGAUGUUUUUCCCCUUGUGAAAUGCGAAAAA